GGCUGAGCGCCGCAGCAAAAGUUGAGCUACGGAAGCGGAACACUUCCGCUGCUGGACGGAGUUACAAACCCCGUUUAAAAGGCUCUUUCUGUAUUUACAGCAUGGAUGACGCGCGGAGGAUCUGUGCGUCUCUGCUCGGAUGCGUCGCGUUGUUUGUCGGCGCCGCCAACGCGUUCAGUCCCAUCGACAGCGAGUUCACGUUUCAGCUGCCAGCUGCCAGCAAAGAGUGUUUCUACCAGAGCGCCGUCCACAACAGCAGCAUCGAGAUCGAGUACCAGGUGAUCGCCGGAGCUGGUAUGGAUGUGGAUUUCUCCAUCAUCUCUCCUCAGGGAAUCCACCUGGUCUCGGAGUUUCGUCGCUCUGACGGCGUUCACAUGGUGGAGCCCACGGAGGCGGGAGACUAUCAGAUCUGCUUCGACAACAGCUUCAGCAGGUUCUCCGAGAAGAUGGUCUUCUUCGAGGUCAUCCUGGACAGCCCAGCCAAUGACGCCGGGGCGGACGAUGAGUGGGCGGGGCUUGGAGAGCCAGAGAGCCUAUUAGAGUACAAGCUGGAUGACAUAAAGGAGUCGAUGGAGACGGUUCACCGGCGGCUGGAGCGCAGUCGUCAGAUGCAGACGGUCCUGAGGGCCUUCGAGGCGCGCGACAGGAACCUGUUGGAGGACAACCUGUGGCGGGUCUCCUUCUGGUCCUGUGUCAGCCUGCUGGUGAUGCUGAGCGUGGCGCUGACGCAGGUGUACACCGUCCGCCGGCUGUUCGACGACAGGAGGAGAGUCUGCUCCUGAGACCACAUCCACAGUGCCUUCCAGUGACGCCAAAUAACACUCCAGAGAACUUGAAAUAAUAAUAAUAAUAAUAAUAAUAAUGAUGAUGAUGAUGAUGAGAGACUGCAGAUGAAUCAUCUGCUCCAGCAGAGAUCAUCACGUUCAUCUGGUGUGAGGAUGUAGGACUUGUCUUCCUGUCGCCUCAAUGUUCAUAGUUCUGUCUUUUUUUAGUCGUGAGAUGAUGUUGUUUUGGGAAAAUGUGAAAAUGUGAUGUUAGUCAACAGGGAAUCUUCUGUACAGCUCUGUGCUUUUUUAAAGCGUUUUACACAAUAAACCAAUAAAAUGGGUUGAAUUCAA